UGUAAUUCUUCCUCUUCCACCUUCAUCCUCUUAUUUCAUCUUCUUCACUAAAUCUUACCCAUAUAAAAAACCCGAAAUCAAAAAUUCAAAUCACCUUCAUCUUCUUCCCCAAACUCAACCCACUCUUAUCUCAUUAUGUUUUGAGUUUUCCGUCCCUUCGUUGCUCCGAUCGCGCCUCCCGUUCCCGCCGGCCGCCGCACGUCCGAGCUUCUUUGUCACAGCUCGUCUGAGCUCCAUCCAGUUUGCGACUGCAACCACCAGAUCCACCGCCAAGUCGCGCGCUCCGCUCCCCACCACCAGAGACAGGGUUUUCUUUUGUCUCGUCUCUUUGGACUUGAGAAAUGCUGGGAUUUUCAUAUGGAGAAAUAUUUCUGUUGCUUGGAGCCACUGCUGCUGUCAUUGGUCCAAAGGAUUUGCCAAUGAUCUCCAGAACAGCAGGGAGGCUAGCUGGUCGAGCUAUUGGAUACGUACAAUUGGCUCGCGGUCAGUUUGAUAAUGUUAUGCAGCAAUCUCAAGCACGUCAGGUUCACAAGGAACUACAGGACACAAUGGCACAACUAGAUGCUAUUCGUCAUGAAAUUCGAAGUAUAUCAUUUAUGAAUCCUGCCCCAGCCCAAAGGGUUGUGGAUAAUCCUGACCAGACACCUAUCUCAAAUGCUAAUACAGACUGUACGAAACCUGAAGAUACUGGAGUGAAAAAUCCAAUACCCUCUGUUAUCAAGGAUUCAACUUCAAUGCCCUCCAAUUCAUGCAAUAUGCAAAGUCAAGCAACUACUUAUGCUAGAUUGGCAGAGUCCCCUGCCAUAAAGGAUGGCUUAUUGGCAAGUAGUACUGGAGUUGAGAAAGAUGAACAACAGCUUCUUGUCUUACCAAUUUCUGCUGAAAGUUCUGGACUCCUACCAAAUCGUGGGGCAGCUGAUGUGAAAGGAUCUGACAUAGUUCUGGAAGCAAUUUUAGAGGCAGAGGUUGCUCAUAAUGCAAAGGAAUUCUUUUCACAGCCCCAAAAUCAAAUAUGAUUGAUAUGGUAAUCCUACAUAAUACCUUAUUUUUCUUCUUGUUGUAGUGCAUUUGUAAAUUCAAAAUAGUAUAUAUUUAUAUUUUAUGUUGAAGGUAUUGGUCGAUGAUGUUUCUAUUCUUUAGUUACUAGUUUCGAUGAGGUUUCCUCUUUCAAUUCCCUCACUAAAAUAAAAUUUUAGCGAGAUGAUGGCAAAGUAGUAGUUUAAGUUUUUUGUAAUCUUCUAUUUGUCGCGUGGUUGGGGCAUGGAUGAGCUUUUAUGAAAUAUAUUCAGAGUAUGUGUA